CUAACCGAAGAAAAGUUUCACUUAUCACUCGAGUAGUAUCACUCGACGAUUUCUUGCAAAUUAACGCAUCAACUGAGGAUUUCUUGCAUCCUGAUAAAGACUAAAGACUCUCAGAGACUGACGACACAACCAACUCCCAUCAUGGAAAAUUGUGCUGAUCCGAUCGCCCUGCGGGAUCACGACUACUGCAGAAGAAAAAGAGUCUCCGAACGCCGGGCAGAGAGAGCAGGGUGUCCGUGCUGCGGAGACGACCAGGUGCACCACCACUCUGCUCCCACUGCCAACCCUCCCUCCUCUGCUGAACAUCCAGAGGUGGUGAAUUGUCUUCCCAGUCCUCAGUCCUCCACCUCAGCUGCUGACGUGCCUGGGCUGCUGGAUUUGGUCCCAACAUCUUUUGCGACCAUCCCACCUGACGAGCUGCCGCUGAUCUCCAAAGUGUCCCCCAUCCCCCAGUCCUCCUCCGCUCCACUGCUCCAUGACAACGACCCUGUUAGGAUCCACAACCACUCUGUGGAAGACUACCAGAAGAUCUACCAUGAAGUGGUAGACAAUAUGCUUCACUACAAGAGUGGCCGGGUUCGUCCGUACAGUCUGGAGCUUGGACGUUGUAUAAAGCAGAAGCUGUGGGAGCGACUGAAUCGUCCCUCAUUCACGUCCUCAGUUGGUGAAGACGGGCUGUAUUUUACAGGAACCUGCACCGCCGCCUCUACCGGACGAUUCAGACAAAGUGCUGCAGCCCGAACCUCCACCUCCAGAAUCUCCCAGCAUCCUGCAGCCUCCGCCUGUCAUCCCGAGAGCCUUUGGAACAUCAUGAAGACGAGAAAAUUAGCUAUUUUCAUCAUGCAUGGAGGUGAGAAGAUUAUCUGCAUACUGAUACCGAGGAGGAACUAUCCAAUUUCCAUAAAGACCUAAGUGGCAGAGCAGAGGCCAGAGACACUCUCAGUAUGGCCCUGGUGGACUUCACAGACGUCCUGGAAGAGGAUCUCUCCUCUGGUUCUCUUCCUGAUGCUUCUCCCACUUUUUCCCUGUUAAAAGUUUUUUUGGGGGGAGUUCUAAGAUAAUUCUUUCUACGAGAGCUGUACAUCAGAGAUGCUUGUUCCUCCUCCUCAUCCUCCAUGUUCACCUCCAACUGGUGCUCUUCUCAAAGCUCAAUAAAAAUCCAUCAAUCUCUACAUU